AUGGCGGACGAUGCAGCUCAGGCGAAGGUGGUGGUGCUGGGGGACACGGGAGUGGGCAAGACAUGUCUUGUACACAGGUUCAUCGAGGGAAAGUUUGUACCCCAUGGAGCGAGCACGAUCGGUGCGAGCUUCAUGGUGAAGAAGAUGAAUGUUGGAGGAAUGCGGCUCACCAUGCAGAUCUGGGACACGGCGGGACAAGAGCGAUUCAGAUCCAUGGCACCGAUGUACUACCGAGGAGCGGAAGCUGCGAUCUUGGUUCUAGAUUGCACGAACGCAGACAGCUAUGAAAAAGUCCGAUCAUGGGUUGAAGAGUUGAAGCGAAACGCGUCGGGUGAGAUCUUCUUGGCGCUGGCAUGCAACAAGUGCGACCUGGUGGAGGAGAGGAGGGUGGCACAGGAGGAGGCGGAGGCGUACGCAAAGUCGAUCGGGGCAGUGUGUAUGGAGACUUCGGCGAAGAGCAACAAAGGUAUCGAUGAACUCUUCGGCGCUGUGGCAAAGGGACUUGUGCAGAAGAAGAAGACUCAGGAGCAAGGAGCGGGACAGGGGAAGAAAGAUGGAAAGUCGUCGAUCAAGGUGGAGAGGGAAAGGACUUUAGGACAUGAGGGGCGUCGCAAGAGUGGGGGUUGCUGUUAA